CAGCAGCAGCAGCAGGCACAGACCUUCUCCAGGCGGCUUUUGCUGCAGUACGCUGAUUGCCACUUCAUAGCAUCCGGCAGGAGCCUCAGCAGCAGGCACUUGGAGGAGACUCUGCGUGGGCACUUGUUUAAGGAGUACCUGACUAAACAAUUGGGUUAUUCUUUAACUGCGGGAGAAGUGCCUGUAUUCCCUUCACGCAAGCUCCCUACUGGCUUUCUAUAUCCUUAAUUCAUUGGAGCCGUUUCUCCCUCCGUCUUCCUCCCGUUACUUCUUCUUUUUUUUUUUUUUUUUUUCUUAUUUUUUAUUUAUUUUUUUGAUCGUUAUUCACCCCCCAAAUCUGUGCUGCAUCACUGGCUCUCAUUAUGCUGUGCUCAGUAGCCCAGUGUGUUCUCCGCCUCUGCUAGGCAGUGGCAGCAUGGAUGGUGCUCUUGUGACGACCUCUGCUGAUGCUAUCAGUCCACUGCGGAUAGGCAUGCUGAGUAAUCCUGCUGUAAAUGGGCGAGGACACGGACACACGAAAAAUUAACCACAGCUUUCUUCGAGACCACAACUAUGUGACUGAAGGGAAAGCUAUAAGGAAGCUUGUGCGCAAGGCGACUGUGGUGGCAUCUAGAAUCCUCAGAUAUCCUUGACUGAAUUCAUCUGGUUUUAGCCCUAAAUAUAGUAGACAAGCUGCACUGCUUGCACUGAUAGAUUAUAUCUUCCAAAUGAUAGACCAAGCUGAUAUUAUUUCUACAGUUGAGUUCAACCACACUGGAGAACUGCUGGCUACUGGUGACAAGGGGGGUCGGGUUGUUAUAUUCCAAAGGGAACCUGAGAGUAAAAAUGAGCCUUACAAUCAGGGGGAGUACAAUGUUUACAGCACUUUCCAGAGCCAUGAACCAGAAUUUGAUUAUUUGAAGAGCUUGGAGAUAGAAGAAAAAAUAAACAAGAUCAAGUGGUUACCACAGCAAAAUGCAGCUCACUCGCUUUUAUCAACAAAUGAUAAAACAAUCAAGUUAUGGAAAAUUACUGAAAGAGAUAAGAGACCAGAGGGGUACAACUUAAAAGAUGAAGAAGGAAAACUUAAAGAUCUUUCUACAGUAACAUCACUACAGGUGCCUGUACUGAAACCUAUGGAUUUGAUGGUAGAAGUCACUCCCCGGAGAAUCUUUGCUAAUGGUCACACCUAUCAUGUCAACUCAAUAUCUGUCAACAGUGACUGUGAGACAUACAUGUCAGCAGAUGAUCUCAGGAUUAACCUCUGGCAUUUAGCAAUCACGGAUAGAAGCUUCAACAUUGUAGAUAUAAAGCCAGCCAACAUGGAGGACCUAACAGAAGUGAUUACAGCCUCGGAGUUUCAUCCCCAUCACUGCAAUCUCUUUGUCUACAGCAGCAGCAAAGGCUCCCUGAGACUCUGCGACAUGCGGGCAUCAGCACUCUGUGACAAACAUUCCAAGCUUUAUGAAGAACCAGAAGACCCCAGUAACAGAUCAUUUUUUUCAGAAAUUAUCUCUUCAGUGUCAGAUGUCAAAUUCAGUCACAGCGGUAGAUAUAUGCUAACAAGAGAUUACCUCACUGUCAAGGUUUGGGAUCUGAACAUGGAAACAAAGCCUGUAGAAACAUACCAGGUCCAUGAUUACCUUAGGAGCAAGUUGUGUUCCCUCUAUGAAAAUGACUGCAUCUUUGACAAGUUUGAAUGUGCAUGGAAUGGAUCGGACAGCGUCAUCAUGACAGGUGCAUAUAACAACUUUUUCCGAAUGUUUGACCGAAACACCAAGCGGGAUGUUACCUUGGAGGCAUCCCGAGAGAGCAGCAAACCACGAGCUAUCCUUAAGCCCCGGAGAGUCUGCGUCGGUGGCAAACGGAGGAAAGAUGACAUCAGUGUUGACAGUUUGGACUUUACGAAGAAGAUCUUGCACACGGCGUGGCACCCAACCGAGAACAUCAUUGCUAUAGCAGCGACAAACAAUCUGUACAUAUUUCAGGAUAAAGUGAACUCAGAAAUGCACUAGAUUUAUCAAUAUCCCUCUCUACUUACAAACCAGCCUCUUGAGAAUUGUAGAAGGAUGUGAUCCUCACAAAAAUUGUGGCUUCUGUGGUGGGAUUUGUAGGUUGCAUCCUUUCAUCCCUCCGCCUGUAUCAUUAUUGGUGGCAAGCCAACUAUUUUCCAUCACUGCAACUGUAUAAGUAAAAGGCACGACUGCAAAUCCAGUACUGUGGUCUGUAUCGGUUCCUUUACCAAACAGGGGUAUUUAUUUAUUUGGGGAGCGUUCCUGAGGAGGGCUGAGACUCCUCAACUCCUGACAGUCCUUUUGAGGGUCUCAGUGGUUCACAAGACCACGCUGUUCUGGUGCGCUGCCUGCUUUUGCAGUCCACGGCAUUUACCACAUUGUUAGAGCUUUUUGCUUUAUUUUAUUUUACUUUUUUCAAGUAACAUUUUUCUGUCUUUCAACCAAGCCAAGUCUGUUUGUGAGUCAAUGAACAAAUAGCUGCAUCCCUUUAGGCCACAUGGCACGGUGGAAGGGCCUCCAAAAGUCCUGCUGGUGAAAGGCUGUCCUGUCUCACCUGCCUUGUUCCCUUCUUUACGACAUCUCUUCAGUAUUUAGUCACAUUACUAACUGCGUGCUUUAACUUCCCAAGUGAGUAAGUGACAGAUUGAUAGAGCUAGCCAGCGUAUUUUAAGAAGUUCAUUCUCCAGCAAUCUCUUUGCUCUGUUUAAAACAAUAAUUAGCAUCCUCACCAGGUGGAGGACUAUUUAAGACCUUGGUAUUACUACUCCACGGGGGCUGGCUGUUCAAACACGGCCUGGCAGAGUUAAUACAUAAACCCACACCAUUGUUUGGGGUUUUGGAGUUCUGGAAGUCUUGGCUAAAAAUACCAGUGGAAGCAAAGUUGCAUCACUUCUAGACACCUCAGAAAAUCCCUUGUUUGCUUUUUGCAGCACAAUUGUUUUCAUCCUGGCAUUUGGGGAACACAGACAAUGCCACGAUCUCUGUCACUACAAAAAAAAAAAAGGUACUGUGAGAUGUAGCAUUGCUCAGUGAAUUUUAAAGUUUUUAAGUCCACUGCUAGAUGACAAAGGUAUUUCUGGAAAAACAGGAAAACACAAACCCUCCAAACCAAACCUUCUUCCACGUAAAUACAUUUCUGUGAAAUCUAGCUCUCUAUCACUAUUUCCAAAUGAAUAGUGAUGGAAAUGGCAAGUGAAAGUACAAGGAAUUGAUGUACCUCAUUCGGGAAGUUUAUGGGAAAAGCGUAGUGGGCAGGAAGUCCUCUUCAUCCAGGAGAAAAUUAUCUGCCUCCCUAAUAGCUCUGGCAGAAAAAUUGAUAUCCCAAAGAAUUUCUUCUCAGAUCACGAAUACAAGAGCACAACUGAGAUGACCUGUUUAUCUGCCCAUAUUAAAACUCCUCAGAAAAAAUUAAAAAUAAAAAUCUUUAAGCC